AUGCCCGUCACUAACUUCGCCCAUCCGGAUCCCUACGCCUACCAGACGGGCUUCGACUCGUACCACGAGACCGAGGCCGUCAAGGGCGCCCUCCCCAUCGGCCAGAACUCGCCUCAAAAGGCACCGUAUGGUCUAUACACCGAGAAACUCUCGGGCACUGCAUUCACGGCGCCGCGCCACGAGAACAAGCAGACAUGGGUCUACCGCAUCAUUCCCGCCGCGGCGCACGAGAACUUCACCGCUGAAGAUGCGGACUCGUAUCACACUUGCAUGACCACCGAAACGCACAAGCUGCACCACAUCCCCAACCAGCUACGCUGGAACCCCUUUGAUCUCAACGAGAAAGUUGACUGGGUACAUGGUUUGCACCUGGUAGCCGGCGCCGGUGACCCCACCCUCAAACAGGGCAUGGGUAUUUUGCUAUAUGCGGCCGGCAAGGAUAUGGGCAAGGAAGCCUUUUAUUCGGCGGAUGGCGAUUUCCUGAUUGUGCCGCAGCACGGUGUGCUGGAUAUCCAGACGGAGCUGGGCCGUAUUCUCUUGCGUCCGAAUGAGAUCUGCGUCAUUCCCCGAGGUGUCCGAUACCGUGUAACCCUCCCCUCAGGCCCGGUACGGGGCUAUAUCUGCGAGCUGUACCAGGGCCACUACCAGCUUCCCGAACUCGGGCCCAUCGGCUCGAACUGCCUCGCCAAUGCGCGCGACUUCCAAGCGCCCGUCGCUGCCUUUGACGAUGAGGAAGAGCGCAGCGAGUACAGACUGUACAGCAAGUUCAACAACACGCUCUUCUCUGCACGCCAGGACCACACACCCUUCGACGUGGUCGCCUGGCACGGCAAUUACUACCCGUUCAAGUAUGACCUCGGCCGGUUCAACACCAUCGGAUCGAUCUCAUUCGACCACCCCGAUCCCUCGAUCUUUACCGUACUCACCGGUCCCUCGGACCAUGUGGGCACCGCCAUUGCAGACUUUGUUAUCUUCCCGCCUCGUUGGCUGGUCGCGGAGGGGACCUUCCGUCCACCGUGGUAUCACCGUAACACUAUGUCCGAGUUCAUGGGCCUGAUCUGCGGGAACUACGACGCGAAGACGGGCGGUGGGUUCCAGCCCGCAGGUGCAAGUCUGCACAAUGUCAUGAGCGCUCACGGACCGGACUCGGCUGCCUUUGAGGGAGCGAGUAAUGCGGAGUUGAAGCCGCAGAAGAUCGGGGAUGGGAGCUUGGCGUUCAUGUUUGAGAGCUCUCUCAUGGUUGGUGUCUCGGAGUGGGGAUUGAAGACCUGCCAGAAAGUGCAGGAGGAGUAUAAUGAACAUAGCUGGAAGCCUCUGAAACGGCAUUUCGUGAACCCAGACAAGAAGGCCUGA